AGGAGGAACUCCUGCCAGUCUUUGCUCGGGCUUCAUUGGCUCGCACCGCGCGCUGUGGAAGGCCUCUCGGGAUUGGCUGGACCUCACCCGAGACCCUCUUCCUGGAGGUGGGGAGAGGAGGACAACGAUUGGCCGGCCGCGCCGACAGGAGGCCGCGGAUUGGCCAAACUCGGGAGCAGGGGCGGGGCUGGUAUCCCAGAAGCAGCGGCGGCAGCUGCGGAGCCGGUGUGAGACGACUGAGCCGGACCCUGGUCCUGGACGGAGUGCGGCGGCGACAUGGAGGUGACGGGGAUAUCGGCACCCGUGGUGUCUGUCUUCAUCAGUAGCUCCCUCAGCACCUUCAGGUCCAAGAAGCGAUACAGUCGCAGCCUCACCAUCGCCGAGUUAAAGUGUAAACUGGAACUGAUCGUGGGCACCCCUGCUUCCUGUAUGGAAUUGGAGCUGUAUGGGGCUGACGACAAGUUAUACACCAAGUUGGAUCAGGAGGACGCACUGCUGGGCUCAUAUCCUGUAGAUGACGAUUGCCGCAUUCAUGUCAUUGACCACAGCGGCACCCGGCUUGGGGAGUACGAGGAUGUGUCCAAGGUGGAGAAAUUCGAGCUUUCAAAAGAAGCCUAUGACCAGAAGCAAAACACACUUCGCUCCUUCUUGAAGCGCAGCAAGAUAGGCCCAUACAAUGAACAGCAGCGGGAACAGCAAGAGGUGGAGGCUGCCCAGCGCCUGGCAGAAGAGAAGGCCCAAGCCAGUGCCAUCUCCGUGGGCAGCCGCUGUGAGGUGCACCCUCAGGGGCAGACCCCUCGCCGGGGUACUGUCAUGUAUGUAGGCAUGACUGGGAGUGGACUCUGCCCACAGGUCUCACUGAGCUUUCUCUCCUGGGCAGGACUCACAGAUUUCAAGCCUGGCUACUGGAUUGGUAUUCGCUAUGAUGAGCCACUAGGAAAAAAUGAUGGCAGUGUGAAUGGGAGACGAUACUUCGAAUGCCAGGCCAAGUACGGUGCCUUUGUCAAGCCAUCAGCUGUGACCGUGGGGGAUUUCCCAGAGGAAGACUAUGGCUUGGAUGAGAUGUGACACCGAAGGACAGGCUUCUUCCUGCUCCAGCCUGACUCAGCCAUUCAUUGCUCCUCCCGUGGGUGUGCCUCUGACCCUCUUCUCUGACCCCAUUUUAAUUUUAUUCAUCACUUACCUACCAUGACUUCUGGAAUUCAUACAUUAAAUCUAAAUCAUCAGAAAGCUGAAAA